UGUAGACACCGUAAAAACCUUUGUCUAAUAUAUACCCUCGUCGUUCCUUUUCACGCCAAAAAGCAAAGGGUUUACAAGAUGUCUGAUUCACCAUCUUCGAAUGUUUCUGGUAUUGAUAAUGGAGCAAUAACUCCCACUGGCGGUGAGCCUUCUCAACAAGAUGUGAAACCAUCGACCGAACACAUUAAUCUCAAAGUUGUAGGACAGGAUAACAAUGAGGUGUUUUUUAAAAUUAAGAAAACCACAGAGUUUAGCAAACUUAUGAAGAUUUACUGUGCUCGUCAGGGUAAAACCAUGAACAGUUUGCGUUUCUUGGUAGAUGGUGAGCGGAUUCGACCUGAUCAAACUCCGGCAGAGCUCGAUAUGGAAGACGGUGACCAAAUUGAAGCUGUUCUUGAACAACUUGGUGGCAGUAACUAAAUCAAGACUUCGCAACGGCACUUAUCAUAAUAGGGCUUGGUCAUAACAAAAAUUAAGUUUCUUGGAUGAAACGGUCCUACCUCUUUAGAUACUAUGGUGCAUGAAUCUGGGUUUCGUAAGGUCAUAUAUGAUGCACCCAUGCUCCAAGGAAGCAUAUGUUUAAUAAGAUGAUGAUUAUAGAUUAUUUAUAUUUUCUUUGGAUUAACAUAGUAUGAACUGUGUUUGCAAAUGAAUAAUUACGAUAUCUAUUUGCGAAUACAUGCAUUGGUUUAAUUUCUGGCUAAGAGAUCGAUUUGACUUUGGUAAAGCUGGCGCAUCUCUUUUAUAUCUAACUCGAGUUCAUAGACGCGGUCGGUUCGUCGCCGUAAGAUAGCUUGGGCUUCCGUGAGUUCCUUUCGAAGACUGUCGUAUUGCUCACGUAGCUCAGUAAGUUCACGUUCUGAGGUAUCUUUCGUUUCUUUCUCCACAUACGAAUUCACUAUUUCCUGACGCGCCUGAUCACGUUGAUUUAUAAGUUGUACAACUUGUUGUUUUGUAGUCUGUAAUUCCGCCUCUAAGCGGCGAAUCGUAGACGAUAGUUGUUCUAAGAGACUCAUAUCUGGACCAGUAUUACCGACUGGUUUUUCAGUAGUACUUGGUGUGUAUGAAAGAGAAGAUAAAGCAUCAAAAUCAUGUGAAGCUGAUUUUGGAGACAUGACCAUGCUAUUCAUCGAAGUGAACCUUGAUGACGACUGUCUACCCAUUCUCUUCCCUUCUGACGCCGUCCGUGGUAGUCGAGGUGCUUUUUGCUCUGUGGGUGAAAUCGCAAGCGUAUUCAAGUAAUUUUCCAAAACCUCUUGCUUUGUCACUUCCGUAUCUCGAGUUAAGUCGUCUUCUGAGAACACUCCGUUCUCUUCACUGUAGAUAUCGCCCUUCAGCUUUAAAGGCGGUGGUCGAUUUCGAUUUGAACUUGAGGAACUAGUACGCAUAUCGAAAUGAGAAUCGAUAUCCUGCUUAUCCUUGUCUAGGACAUUCAUAUUACCUGCCAAAUUGGGUUUGGACGCAUUCGUAGGGGUAUGUUCAUUAUCGUCAUUAUUAGGAUAGUACUCAACAUCUUCACCGUCAUUCUUUUUAGCAAGGGUAUCAACUGAAUUCGGAAAUAUCUCAGUAGGUGCCGCAACCGUGCUGGAUUCUAUGGUCUGUUGCAACAUUUGAGUUUUUGUUUGAUAUUCUUGUUGAAGAUCAGUAAAGGACUUUGAUAAUUUCUCAAUUUCAUCAUUUUUGGAUUCUAACUGUUUUUUGAAUGCUUCUUCUCUUUGCAUGAACCCAAAAAGCUUUUCAUUAACAGCGCUGGAAUCUUUCUGAGCCAAUUGGUUAUUUUCAGCGAGUUUAUGGCAUUGUCCACUUAAAUAUUCUAUUUCAGCUUUAAGUUUCUCUUCGGAACGAAGCCAUUGGCUUUUUUGUAUAGACUGUUGAGUCGAUAACGUCUCAACUUGACGAGUAAGACGAACAACUUCCAUACUAUCGACUGUAACUUCUUCAACCUUUCUCUUUAAUAAUUCAUUUUCUUUUUCCAAAAGAGCAAUUCGAUUCUCAUAAUCUUUCCUUACGGAAUCCAGUCGUUCUUGAACAUCAACCUUCGACUCAUCAGUUGUAUUGGGCGCGUCUUCUGACUUUCCAACUUCUUGUCUCUUCAAUUUGGAUUCCGUUUCAAUUAAAUUCUUUCUUAAAUUUUUAAUUGUAUUAUUCAACUGUAAUUCAUGUUUGGAUAAAGCCUGUCCUUCUUCAACCAACUUUCGAAUAACAUCAUCCUUUGACUUCGGUGCAUCAGGACUUCCUCCUUCAUGAUUUGGUACUUCUAAGACUUUGUCAAGGCUGGAUUCGACAUUUGUUAAUGUCUUUUUGAAAAAAUCUCCCCAUCUCGAGCCUUCCAUGAUGGGAUAUAGUCUUGGGAGACCUCAAUUGGGCUUUAGGAAAAAGAAUGGAAGGUUCCUGAUCCACGACGAGAUUUUGUCGGAAAUGUACACUCAGCGUAAAUACAUUUUAAACAAAAAAAUUUUAAAUCUAAAAAAAAUAUUAUUGUUCACUAACUUCAAGCGUUUCUUGCAUUGACUAACUAUAAAUAUAAAUAGCUCUAUAGUGAAUUAGAAAUCUUGCAAAAGCCAAUAUAAGAAAUGUUCUAUAGUAUUAAAUAUUUAAUUAAUUAAUAAGAUGAUACUCAUCUACA